GUUGCGUCAGGCGCCUGCGCAGUGUGCGCCUGUCAGCGGCUGCUCGGGGCCGCCGCGGCAGCGGGCGAAGUGACAGGGCCGAGCCGGGCUGCUGCCGGAGAUAGAAGUUGAGAUAGAAGUUCCUAUACUCUCAAGACUUAAAUAGAAACACUGUGAGGAGUUGGUGAAUAAAGGGAGUGGACAUCUUUGGAGGCUGGUUUUGGCUCAGUUGAGCAAUGAGACAGAGGUACCAUUUUGGAAAAUUUGUGAGAUUCUCCAGAGAAGAUGAGACUGGCAUUUCUGUUACAUUAUGAGAGAUCUUACACUUUGAGAUACUAGUCAAUAAUGGAGGAAACAGGCAGGGAAGCAGUUGCAACAGCUGUACAGAGAGUAGCUGGAAUGCUUCAGCGUCCUGACCAAUUGGAUAAAGUGGAGCAGUAUCGCAGGAGGGAGGCUCGUAAGAAGGCUUCAGUAGAAGCUCGAUUAAAGGCAGCAAUCCAAUCACAAUUAGAUGGGGUACGAACUGGUUUAAGCCAACUGCACAAUGCACUGAGUGAUGUAAAGGACAUUCAGCGAUCUUUAGUAGAUGUCAAUAAAGAUUGGCGUCAGAGUAUCAACACCAUAGAAAAUCUGAAAGGCGUUAAGGAUGCUGUAGUUCAACAUAGCCAACUGGCAGCUGCUGUAGAAAAUCUCAAAAGCAUUUUUUCAGUUCCAGAGAUAGUUAGGGAGACCCAGGACUUGAUUGAGCGAGGAGAACUUCUGAAAGCCCAUCGGAAUUUGAGAGACUUGGAAUGUUCUCGUGAUGACUUGAUGUAUGAACAGUAUCGUAUGGACAGCAAGAACACUCAUGACAUGAAUCUCAUUCAUAUCUACUUUGGGGAAAUUCAGAAACUCUCUGAGGAGCUAGCAAAACAACUUUGGAUGGUAAUUGAAAGAUCUCUUCUUACUGUUCGCCGAGAUCCAACCUUACUUGUUUCAGUUGUCAGGAUAAUUGAAAGGGAAGAGAAAAUUGACAAGCGCAUGCUAGACCGUAAGAAACAAACAGGGUUCAUUCCCCCUGGCAGACCAAAGAAAUGGAAAGAAAACAUGUUUGAUAUCUUGGAAAGAACUGUGAGCACCAGGAUUGAAGGCACUCAAGCUGAUACUAGAGAAUCUGACAAAAUGUGGCUUGUGUGCCAUCUGGAAAUUAUUCGUAAAUAUGUCCUUGAUGACCUGCAAGUGGCUAAAAAUCUAAUGGAAGAGCGUUUUCCUCCACAGUAUGACAUUUUCAAAAAGUUGUUAAACAUGUACCACCAGGCUUUGUCCAUGCGCAUGCAGGAACUGGCUUCGGAAGAUCUGGAAGCAAAUGAAAUUGUUACCUUUUUAACAUGGGUUUUAAGUACAUACAAAAGUGAAGAGAUGAUGGGAAAUUUGGAACUGGCCCCAGAAGUGGAUGUAAACUGCCUGACUCCUUUAAUUUCACAAACUGCGGUAGACCAGCUUCUCAGCAAAUACAUGUCAACGCUUACUUCUAACAUCAUUGGUUGGCUACGAAAAGCACUGGAGACGGACAGAAAGGAUUGGAUAAAAGAAACUGAGCCAGAAGCAGAUCAAGAUGGGUACUAUCAGACUACACUCCCAGCCAUAGUUUUCCAGAUGUUUGAGCAGAAUCUUCAAGUAGCUGCUCAAAUAAGUGAAGAUUUGAAAAUGAAGGUUCUGCUUCUGUGUCUUCAACAAAUGAAUUCAUUCUUGACUAGGUACAGAGAAGAAGCACAGUUCUAUAAAGAGGAACACUUAAAAAAUCGUCAGUAUCCCCAGUGUUAUGUUCAGUACAUGAUUGCAGUCAUCAACAACUGUCAGACCUUCAAAGACUCUAUAAUCAGUUUGAAAAGAAAAUAUUUGAAAAAUGAAAUGGAAGAGGGAAUGCCAAGCAGUCAUGCAAACAUGGAUAUGACUUUAGACAUCACUGCCAAAGAAGGAUGCUCUAGCCUACUAGAUGAAGUCUUCAUGGAUUUAGAGCCACAUCUCAAUGAGCUGAUGACAAAGAAGUGGCUUAUGGGAUCCAAUGCUGUGGGCACUAUCUGUGUCACCGUAGAAGAUUAUUUUAAUGAUUUUGCAAGAAUAAAAAAACCAUAUAAAAAGAUAAUGACUCUUGAGGCCCAUCGUAGAGUAGUUGUGGAGUACAUCAGGGCUAUCAUGUUAAAACGUAUAUCUUUCAAGAAUGCAGAAGAGAGAAAAGAGGGCGCAGAAAAAAUGAUCAAGGAAGCGGAACAGUUCAGAUUUCUUUUUAAAAAACUUGCAGCUGGAUCUGGAGAGGACACUGAAGGACUCUGUGACAUUAUUGUGGCUAUUGCAGAAGUUAUUAAACUGACUGAUCCUUCUUUGCUUUUUCUGGAAGUCUCGACAUUAGUUAGUAAAUACCCAGAUAUCAGGGAUGACCACAUUUCAGCUUUGCUGACUGUGAGAGGAGAUGCCAGCAGGGAUAUGAAGCAGACGAUCAUAGAAACUCUGGAACAAGGAGCCAACCAACCAAAUCCAAAUUAUGUGCCAAUUUUUAAAGAAAUUACAGUCCCCACAUUAAGUGUGCCAAAACUUCUUAAGUAGCUGACACUGGAAAUGUCUUUUUUUUUUCAUUUGGGGUCAACAUAUUUGAAAUGUUUAAGGGCAAAUUUGUAAAUGCCAUUUCAAAGGGCAUUUAGUAUGACACCGUUAAUUACUCAGACUAUUAUUUAUAGGUAUGUGUAUCUUUUUGGUGCUGUUAGUUGUAAUCAGAAUCCUGAAUGCAAGCGCAGAGAUCGGGAGUAUGGCUGAUUGAAGAAUGACAUUUCUGAUGGCCAGAGUGCUUUGUAUUGACUUCUCGCUUGUUAUAGCUAUAACAAUUUUGCGGAUUCUGUGAAAUCCGGCGUUGACCGUGAAAUCUGGGCAGUGCCCAUGGAAUCUGCAAAAUCUGUGGGGGGGGGGGGGGGGGUGAGGAAAAACAUAUUGAGUGCUGUGACAGCUUGCCAGGACAGUGGAAGGGAGGGGGGCUGCUGGCAAGAUGGCUGCUGCCCCUCAAUGCUGAUUGGCUGCAAGCAUUGCCUGUCAUGUGGCUCCACCCCUUUCCAGUCAGUGGCAAGGGGCGGGGCUGAAUGAUGAACAGCCGUUACAGCCAAUAAAUGACUAGAGGCAAGGCCCCAUGACAGGCAGCUCCUGCAGCCAAUCCGUGGCAAGGAGCAGGGCCACUGAGGGCCCUUGGUCAAUUGUGGGGGUUGGCGGGGGCGCACUCCACCCAUAAAAUGGCUGCCCCGGCCCAUGUUCUACCUACAAAAUUAGGUGGCAGCCCCCACAAAUUAAGUAGGUCCAUAGUUAUAGCCGUAUGCACCAUCACCAAGUAUAUUUUGUCACAGGUUAAUUCUGCAUUGCACAAUGCAGUGUUGUGUUUUAGAACAAUUUCUGAUUAUCUCUACAAGCCAGCUCAGGUACCAGAAGCAGUAUCCCUACAUGAGCACCAAGAAGCCAAGUAACUAGCCCCACCUGGACUAUGCAUUAACAAGUAUAUACUGCUUCCAACAUCAUAGCUGGUACGGUGAGAGUUACAGCUGCACUGCUUGGUGCCAUGUAGAUGCACCCUCACCACUUACCUAACCUCAUGGUUUGUGUGUAUAUUUAAUCUGAUGUAAAAUAGUAUACGUUGCAGAAAGCUAAAAUACAAAAAUGUUUCCUAACUCAUAAAUUGACAAAAAUUGCUAAUAGCUAAUUUUAUUCCAGGUAAAUAGAAAAUUUGAUAGAGGUACAGUGGUAAUUUUUCAUCAAUUUGACUUUCAUUUAGUUAAUGAGCGCAUAAAGCACUGCUUAUAAAACAUUAACCUUCAAUAAUACCGACUUUUGCAACUGUAUAAAUUCACUUUCUAUAAAUCUGAGUCUUAAUUAUUAAAUUUUUAAAGAGCAAUUUACAUGGGGUGUACACUAUUAAUAUUGUUUUGGUUCACAGGCAUAUUCUACAAACUUAAGAUAUGUAAAAUAACACUUCAAUUAUAAAUGUUUUCUUAUUUCCAUAAAUCUAUCAUUAAAGGAGUACUUCACAGUAA